CUACUUCGAGGGGUAGGUGGCAUCUAAAAUGAUUCUACUGUGUUUUUUCAUGUUAGUCGCCUCUUCUUCAGAAGCCAUCAAACGAGAAUGGGCUUCGGAAGUUACAGCAUUUUCGUCACAGUACAGCUCAUCAAGCUACUCGGCAAAACAGAUAUUGGGAAAACCGAAUGUCUAUCCUAAAUAUAGCGCUGGUCCAUUGACAUGGAUGCAGUCGAGUUAUAAUGCAAAACAAUACAUAGAGUUGAAAUUCCCGGAAAAGAUUUGGCUAACUGAGGUUAACAUUUAUGAAACUUAUAAUGCUGGAGCUGUCACUGGAAUAUUGGCGAAAAAUGAAGAAAAUCGAUGGAUUGAAAUAUUUAAGGCUCCAUAUGCACACUUAAUCAAGAGAUCUAGGAUAUUUUCCCCCAAAAUAAAAAGAUUGAACUUUCCUGUAAAUGAGCUGAGAAUCGAAGUUGAUUGUACUGUCUCCGGUUCAUAUGUAGCUAUUGACGCAGUUGAAAUCGUUGGAGGUGGUUGUCCUAGACGAUUUAAAAAACUCUGGGAUUCUUGUUAUCUGAUCAGAAAAGCUACAGUGUCAGCUGACACUGCAUUCGCCAACUGUUUAGAUGCUGGUGGAUAUCUGGCCAACUUUGAAACUCUCGAAGAGGCUUUGCGAAUGAAAAAUUUUCUAAAGAAAAUGCAUACAGGUUAUAACUACUUUGUCGGGGGAAGAAAUAUAAACAGAAGAACGUCCGGAGGAGAUUGGAGAUGGAUCAAGAAGGGACAAAUGACUAAGAUGAAAUAUUUUGCCUUUGCUGCCGGAGAACCCAAUGGAUCUGACAGCGCUCCUCAGGACUGCAUGAUGUUUUAUGCAAGAAGCCGCUACAAGUUUCACAAUAUCUAUUGUGAUAACGGUUCAUAUCUUGGUGGCUAUAUCUGCGAAGCAUGAAAAUUGUCAAAUUGAAUAUGAUGCAAUAAACUGAAAGCAUUUA